ACAAUAACAAGCACAUGCACAUGCUGGUCCAGCUACACCCCUCGAGAUCUUAAGGUUACAAAAAGUUACUGUGGAUUCUAUAAUAGUCACCCGGUCUGCCUGAUCUCUGUAGCCUGUGGCUCCAUUGGUCUGUAAAAGUUUGCAGUGUAAACGUCAUCUUUUAUUCUUGACUCAGCCUGAGGAGACUAGUUGACUUGACUGUAAGCUGGAUAUCAGAAGCAUGGCCCUAAAAGAAAUCUUGUUAAAGGAAAACUCUGCCCUACGCAUCAUAUGUCAAUAUGAUUCAAAACAUCAAUACUUUCGUUGCACCAGAAGUGCUCAACAGCUCUCAGGCUGACAAGCAAGGCCUUGCAACUGCAGAUUUCUUACUCAGUAAUGCUGAGCUGGUCAUGAUCGUUGAAGAUAAACGCAAGGAGCUGCAGCAGAAAGUCUCUGAUGAGGAAGGUUCUGAAUGUUUAGAAAUUAAGAUGACAGUAUUUGGAAAUUGGGCUGGAAAUCUUGAUAGGUCAAGUGGUCUCAUACUUUACUGCAAACCAAAGAAUGUGUCUCAAGUGAAAGCUGUUAUUAAAGCUGCCGGAAAGAUGAAACCAAUUGUAAAGGUUGGGUUUGGUGGUGCCUAUCAUACCUGGACUCCUCUCUUUCCUGAAAAAUGUACCAAAGACUCAUCAAGCAUCAUCCUUAACAUGUGUGACUUGUCUUUAGAAACGUCUGGACAGCGAAUUUAUCUUGUAAAAGAUGACAAUAAUAUCACUACUCAUGUGACUGUUUCUCCUGGAGUGACUACUGGUGAGCUCACUGAGGUUUUCUUGAAAGAGAGCAUUUGCAUUGAGUCUAAUGUCGUCCUAACAGGUGUCACAUAUGGAGGUAUUAUGCCAACUGGCUGCCAUGGUGUUGGUAAGGAUCAAUCCAUUCUUUCUGAUUUGGUUACUCAAGUUAAAAUUGUUGAUUGCAGCGGUGAAGUUAAAACCUAUCCUGAUGACCUGCCAGAAGGCUCCAACAAAGAAGCAGCCAUGAACGGCAUCAGAAUGAGCAUGGGAGUCUUUGGAGCAGUCGUUGAAAUGACCAUAAAAGUUGAGAAGCUGAAGACUGCUAAAGUCGAUACCACCUACCCGACCAUUGGUUCUCUUCUUUAUGGGGACUCACCAACCCUUCCUCGGCUCAUUCAGGAUAACUGGUCACUGGAGAUACUCUGGUUUCCUUUCACCAGCCUUGGACUCGAUGGAGGGAUCCUUCAAGGUUUGCCACUGAUGGAUACAUGGCAGCCCAAGCUUGAUGAGGUAUGGGUCAGAGCCAUAAACAGAGAUGAGUCUUUCUGUGAAGUAAACAAGAUUGAUAGGACGAAGCAGAAGAUACGUGACACAAUGCAGCAUCAAAUUAAUGGCAGUGUUGCUAACCCAAUCAUAGACCGGUUCAAGACACUCACUCCGGCCAUCAUUAGUAAUGCUGUGAGUUUUAUAAAGAUGGAGAACCCUCCUGGGACCACGUAUGAGCCGAUGACAAAUGCCAUCCACUUUCACUUUGGAAUUUCACUCGGACCUUUCUAUGACAUGGAGUUUGGGUUCCCUAUUAACCUGGAUAACCUUGAUGACCAGUAUUUUAGCAAUUUUAUGACUGCCAUGAGAUUUGUUGUUGACAAAAGCAAAGAAUAUUCAGCAAAAGGAGAAAUGGACCAAUUCCCACUAAGUACUACAAUGGUACUUCGUGUCAUCAGUAAAAGUGAUUGUCUCAUUUCGCCUGCUUCAAGGCGUCUGAAUGAUAGCACCACACAUACUGCGUGGGUGGAGAUCCUCUGCUUCACGGCAAUCACUGGUACCCAGAACUAUCAGACGUUCUUUCAAGAGGUGGGACAGAAAUGGAUGGAACUUGGCGGAGCGCCUCAUUGGUGCAAGCUUUGGACGUUUCUUGAAAAUGGUGAAAAGAAUGUGUAUGAUCAUGUUCAUGAGUUUUAUGGGAAGAAUUUGUCGGAUUAUCGUGAGAUUCUGAAAGAACACUGCAGCUCAGCAAAGGAAGAACUUCAUGAAAUAUUUAUGAACUCAACAUUAAAAAAGAUCUUGAAUGUCUGAGCCAAUAAAUAUUGUCCAAUAAACAUAAUAGCAAAUUUCUAAUUAAUAGAAUUGAAAAAAAGAAAUUACAAAAUUUAAA